UGUAGCCAGUAUUUUUUUGUUUACAACGGUCGCGCACGUGGGUUCACGAGUUCGCGGUCGUGUGUAGUAAGUAUGUCCGACGACGAAAACGAUGCGGCGUGGGACAGCGCCGAGGAAUUGGAAACCGAGCGGGCGGACAGCGCGUGCCUGUUCUGUGGCGAAGUGCGCGCCUCGCCAGAGCUCGUGUACGAGCACUGCGCACACGACCACGCGUUCUCCAUCAAGGAUGCGGUUCGAGGCUUGCAGCUGGACUGCUUUGGAUAUAUCAAGAUGGUCAACUACGCCCGCAAACACAAAACAAGCCCGGAAGUCUUACAGACAGCCGACCCUCGAUGCCUCCCUUGGGAAGAUGACCAGUACCUUGUGCCAGUUGUGCAAGAUGACUUGCUUUUAACCUAUGAUGUAGAAGAACUUGUCAGUGCCGGUCCAAAGCCUGAAGACGAGCGUGAGCAACUGCGCAACCGACUGUUGCAGGCUGAGCAAGCCAUUGAGCGCAUGAGGGAAGUGGCACAAAGCUGGCUGCAAUCGAACGAGCAAGCCGAGCCCGUAGAACACGACGAGCCUUAUUUCGAGUCGUACGGCCACCAUGGCAUCCACCUCGAGAUGUUGUCCGACAGGCCAAGGAUGGAUUCCUACCGCAAGGCCAUUGAGCUGAAUGCUGACGACUGCAUCCGAAAUCGCACCGUGCUCGAUGUUGGGUGUGGCACUGGAAUCCUCUCCAUGCUGUGUGCCCGGGCAGGUGCUCGAAGUGUAGUUGGAAUCGACCAGUCCGGUGUCGUCUACAAUGCCAUGGACAUUGUCAGAGAGAACGGUCUGUCGGAGCGAGUGAACCUGGUGCAUGGCCGCGUGGAAGAACUGGAGCUCCCCGAGCGCGUGGAUGUGCUGGUGUCUGAGUGGAUGGGCUACUUCCUUCUCUUCGAAGGCAUGCUUGAAAGUGUGCUUCAGGCCAGGGACCGGCUACUACGGCCAGGAGGACUGAUGCUGCCCAGCCACUGCCAGCUCUUCCUGGUAGCCCUCAGCGAUAAUGACAUCAAUCGUCGGAUGGUGAGCUUCUGGGACAAUGUUGAAGGCUUCAAGAUGAGCUGCAUGCGGAAGGAAGUGCUUGCCGAGGCUCAUGUGAUGGAUGCACCGGCUUCGAGCGUCUGCUCCGAGCGACCAGCCCUUCUUUUGAACCUUGACUUGAACACGUGCCGCAUGGAGGAGAGUGACUUUGUGAGUGACUUCGAACUGGAUCUCAAGCCCGGCACGCAGCAGGUCACAGCACUGGCUGGUUACUUUGACUGCACAUUUGAACUACCAGUGCCUGUUGUCCUUAGCACAGCCAUGGAGGCAGAGUCCACCCACUGGAAACAAACAGUAUUCCUGCUGGAAGAACCACUCUUACUGGCCGAAGGCGAGAAAACAGUGCGAGGGCGACUGGAGUGCCGACGGCAAGGCCGCAGGGAACUUCUGGUCACAAUAACGCUGGGGCCAAUACAACAGCAGCAGUACACGCUGCAUUGAAGAGACUUUUGCAGCUGUACUGGAUGGCGCUGCGUUAACGAAGGGGGCCAUGUUUGAGGUGGCUUCUGCUGUGUUGGUACAGGGCAGAUUUUCAUGUGAGCGCAUUUUACGUUGCACACUUCUGCAUAGAGCACUUCAGCAUUGUUCAGCUGAGCAAAAAAAGUUCCAUGGCACAGAUGCUCUUCAUCUAGAAUCACUCAUCAAUCAAGCUGCUGGUAACACCUUCAGCAGAAUGGAUGGCAGUCUUCGUUCACCCCAUCAUCCACGUCAAGUUACUUCAUCACAUAUGCAAGAGCACAUAAAGAGUUUCAAUGAUGGCCUUUGUCCUUCAGUGUUUUACAAACAAGGUUCUGUAUGGCCCCCGAAAUG